UCCAUACGGCAAGGGGUAAGGGGUUUGGGUUUCCUGUCCUCGUAUUUGAAUAAUGCCUUAAUAUUAUUCAAAUACGAGGACCGCAUUUCAUAUGUUUGCAGAUUAUCUCAACUCGACAUUCAGUUCAUGAAACGAUUGCAUAAGAAAGUGAAUAUUGUGCCCAUCAUUGCAAAGGCCGACGCUUUGACCCCAAACGAAAUGCAUGCCAUCAAGAAAAAGAUACUGAGAGAGUUUGAUGAGCACGGGAUCAGUAUUUUCCGUAUUCCUGAGUGCGAUAGCGAUGAAGACGAACAGUUCCGACGCAAAGAUCAAGAAAUAAAGGAAAGCAUUCCAUUCGCUAUUAUCGGAAGCACUCAAACCAUCGAACAUCAGGGAAGACGAAUUAGAGGACGAGAAUAUCAAUGGGGUGUUGUCGACAUUCAGGACGAAAAGUACAGCGACUUCAUUAAAUUGAGAACAUUUUUAAGUCUUCAUAUGCAAGACUUAAAGGAUGUGACGAGUGAUGUGCUCUAUGAGAACUAUAGGGCCCAACAUUUGGCUAAAUUAAGUCAACAACAAGAAAACGACCCAAACAUGACAACCGACAGACUCUUGAUUAUAAAACAAGAAGAGAUUCGUCUAAUGCAGCAGAAGUUGGAGGCAAUGCAGGAACAGUUGCGCUGUCAGUCCAGCCAACCGGUCAGUAGUGCCGCACAAAGUUGUGACGAUUUGUCUCCGUCUCGAGACGAAGAGUGAGCUCUCACUCAAAGAUAAGUCAAACCAAAACCAAAUAGUAUUUACGGUACAAAAAUUAUAGCAACUUUUUUGCUACAUUUUUCACACUUUUUAAUUUAUAUGACAUUCCGUUUCUGUGAUUUUUAUUAAUUGUCAAAAUGCAUUCAUUUUGUUAUUUUAUUGCAAUAUUUAUUUCAACAUAAAAACGUCAAAACAAACCAUAGCUUUAAAAUGGGAACGAUUCUAGUUUUGAGAAAACUAUUCAAAUACUAUUUUAGAAAAUGUACUAGUUCACAAAUAGGCAGCACACAUGUACCAACCAAUUAACGUUGAUAUUGCACAUGCAAUAAACGUGGUUAUUGUUUCGUAACUAAACUUCUAUCAUAUAAAAAGCUUAUAUUGAAUAUACAGUAAUAUAAUAUUGUAUGAUAUGAACACACUUUGUUCAUAACAUUAUAGACAUCUUAUACCCGAUAUUAUACUGAUUACCGAA